GUUAGGAUGGCUCGAAAAGUACGACCCUUCAACGUAGUCAGCCAAUCAGGGGCCGCCGCUUUGCUUCGCGGACAACGCGCACCAUCUUGUGAUUGGUCGAUUUGGCAAAUCGAGUUCACCGCACUCGAUCGGGCAAUAGUAACGUGGAAAAGCGAUGAGAAUAACAACAGCGCGUCUCUCUCGCGCCUUUUGGCCGUGUCCUCAACGUUUUUACACUACAUUGCAGUGAACACUAUUGCCACUAAUUCCAAAGUGAAUAUUACCAUUUUGCGUCUAAAGUCUCUCUCCCCUUCUAAAACAUUUAGAAUUUUACACCCUGAAUACUAAUACUACAGUAUAUGGUCCCAAAAACAUAUUUUGUAACAGUGGCACACGUACAAUAAACAGCUGUCUUGCAGACACAUUUUCAGAACAAGGCCCAACUAUUUACCUGGAUGUUUGAUUUCAUAGUCAUUUUCCACAUAGUCGGUCCCCAUUAAUAUUUCUCUCACCACUGCAAAUCUCUUUCACAAACUCCUCCCACCAACCAAGCAUCACUGCUGAUGAUCACCAAUUUGGCAACCCUCACAUCACUCUGUGGCUCAAUUCAGUUCGUCGACGUCCCAGACCAGCGGUCAGGUGCCGUGUUAAAAUUAAAAGCAUAGCAACAUCAAAUCUUCAGGAUGCUGUUUGUUUUUUUAUCAUCUGUUUGGUUCCUCUUCAACAUUGGGACAAGCACUGCAGGGCAAUCUGAUCUGAGAAUUACAACAAUCCUGCAAGAGCCUUACACAAUGUCCAAAGGCUCCCAGCUGGAAGGCUUCUGCAUGGACCUGUUGUCUGAAGUAGCCAAAAAACUGGACUUCAGGUACAUAGUCCACCUGGUGAAGGAUGCCUCGUAUGGCAGACAGGAUGACAACGGACAUUGGAACGGGAUGGUUGGCGAAGUGGUGCGAGGGGAGGCCGAUUUGGCAAUCGCACCGCUGACCCUCACCGCGGCUCGGGAGAAGGCGGUAGGCAUGACCAAACCCUUCAUGCAGACAGGAAUAAGCAUCCUGCUGAGGAAGGACAUCUCUGAGGGGACGGGCUUCUUUGAUUUCCUCACUCCCUUUUCAGCCGAGACUUGGGCUGGUAUUAUCAUCGCCUACCUGGGAACUGCUGUCUGCAUCUCUAUUGUGGCCAGGGUCAGCCCGAGUGAGUGGAGUCAACCUGAGAGCGAGCGGAGCACGUUCAGCCUUGCACACAGUCUGUGGUACGCCGCCGGGGCGCUAACGCUACAAGGUGCUGGCCCGCAUCCCAACGCGCUGUCAGGACGUGUGGUCUGCUGCAGCUGGUGGCUCUUUGCUGUGGUCAUUCUGGCUUGUUAUUUCUCCAACCUCAGCUCAUCCAAAAGCGCCGAGUCCACUCAGCUGAGCGUGAAAGGCUUCGAGGACUUGGCUAAUCAAGAUGUGAUUGAAUACGGAUGUUUGAGCGCCUCGUCCACGCUGGCCUUCUUCAAGAAUUCCGACAACCCGGUGUAUCGCAGGAUCUACGAGCACAUGGAGAGAAGUCAAAGUCUUGUAUCAUCCAUGGAUGAAGGCAUCCGGCGUGCAAAGGAAGGCAACUUUGCCUUCAUCGGUGAGUCGGUGUCCCUGGACUUGGCGGUGGCACGCCACUGCGAUCUGGUCAGAGCUCACGAGGUGGUCGGCAUGAGAGGAUACAGCAUCGCCGCCAGGCUGGAAUCUCCAAUCAUAAAGAAUCUGAGUGUAGCCAUCCUGCAGCUGAGCGAGGCGGGCGAGCUGGCUUAUCUGCAGAGCAAAUGGUGGGCCAGCAGCUGCAUGGUGGACAAGGCUAAGGCGGCAGCUGUGCAACCGCAUAGUCUCAAGGGAAUGUUUGUGGUCCUUGCGUUGGGCCUCACGCUUGGAAUGCUGCUGGCCAUCCUGGAGCUCGCCUCCAGGAGUCGCAGCAGUGCAGUGGAGCAGAAGAUAUCCUUCUGCCGGGUGCUGACUGAAGAGCUCGGCUUGCGUUUCAGGAACAAAAGCAACAGUGCAACAAAGCGAGCUGAAGAGCUCGCUGAUAAAGAAACAGAAAAAGCAUAGAAUCAUUCGUCACUUACUGACAAAUGGGUUAUAACUUAUAAAAACCUCUAACAAUAAUAGCUCAGUAAUAAUUCAUCCAAAUACACAAAUAAUUAACAACUAAUCGUGAGCUGAAAUAACACUUUGCAUAAAACUAAAAACGAAAUACCGUUUUUUUCCAUGUAUAAUGCGCCCCCAUGUAUAAUACGCACCCUAAAAAUGGCAUGUCGAUGCUGGAAAAAAGCCUAUACCCAUGUAUAAUACGCACCCAAAUUUUGACUCCUACUUAAGUCUGUAAACGUAAAAUUAUUUCAGAAAAAAGAUCAUCUUUGGGAACAACCGGAUGUUAUUCUGCCGGUCAGUAUCACUGCGCAUGCCCUAGCAAACUUGAUAGCGAAGAAAUGUUUCAGAUUUGUGUACAGCAAACGGAGCGUGUUUGAAGUGAACGGCAGAGAAGAAAGCGCAUCUGUAAUGGCGGCCUCCGUAUCAUAUCCGGACUAAAAAAAAAAACAACAAUUUUUUUUGGACCCAUGUAUAAUGCGCACCCCAGAUUUUAGGACAAUAAAUUUGUUAAAUUUUGCGCAUUAUACAUGGAAAAAAACGGUAGAAUGAAUUUGAAGGUAAAGUAAAAUAAAUUGUCUGUCUCAUA